CGUGUUGGACGGCGCCGGCGACGCGAGCUCUCGACCGCGGCGCUCGGCAGCAUGGCCGACUGGGACGACGUGAAAGAGUCGGACUAUGGCUACAUCCACCGCGUGUCCGGCCCGCUCGUCAUCGCUGAAAAAAUGAGCGGCGCGGCCAUGUACGAGCUCGUGCGCGUGGGCUACAUGAAGCUGGUCGGGGAGAUCAUCAAGCUCGAGGGCGACACGGCGUCGCUCCAGGUCUACGAGGACACGAGUGGCCUCUGCGUCGGCGACCCCGUGCUGCGGACGCGGAAGCCCCUGAGCGUGGGCCUGGGCCCGGGCAUCAUGGGCGAGAUCUUCGACGGCAUCCAGCGGCCCCUGGAGACCAUCGGGUCGAAGACGGGCGACGUCUUCAUCCCGCGCGGCGUCGACGUGCCGCCGCUCAACGAGAGCAAGCUCUGGGAGUUCACGCCGUCCAAGGCCUUCCGCGAGGGGAGCCUCAUCACGGGCGGCGACAUCUUCGGCUCCGUCUACGAGAACGAGCUCGUCACGUCCCACAAGAUCAUGUGCCCGCCGAACGUCUACGGCAAGGUCGUCAAGGUCUACGGCGACAGCGCCGACGGCAAGGAUUCCUACAGUAUCAGCGACACGGUGCUCGAGGUCUACAACGAGCACACGCACCAGACCCACGAGCUGAAGUUGGCCCACUUCUGGCCCGUGCGCCGCGCGCGGCCCAUCGUGCAGAAGAUGCCGGGCAACCAGGCCCUGACGACGGGCCUCCGCGUCGUCGACGCGAUCUUCCCGUCGGUGCUCGGCGGCACGUGCGCGGUGCCCGGCGCCUUCGGCUGCGGCAAGACGGUCAUCUCCCAGUCCAUCUCCAAGUUCUCCAACAGCGACGCGGUCAUCUACGUCGGCUGCGGCGAGCGGGGCAACGAGAUGGCGGAGGUGCUGUGCGACUUCCCGGAGCUCACGACGACGAUCGACGGCAAGGAGGUGGGCAUCAUGAAGCGCACGGCCCUGGUCGCGAACACGUCGAACAUGCCCGUGGCCGCGCGCGAGGCGUCGAUCUACACGGGCAUCACGCUAGCCGAGUACUUCCGCGACAUGGGCAUGAACGUGUCGAUGAUGGCCGACUCGACGAGCCGCUGGGCCGAGGCGCUGCGCGAGAUCUCGGGGCGCCUCGGCGAGAUGCCCGCGGACUCGGGCUACCCCGCGUACCUCGGCGCGCGCCUGGCCGCGUUCUACGAGCGCGCGGGCCGCGCGGAGUGCCUCGGGUCGCCGCGCCGCGAGGGCACGGUGACGGUCAUCGGCGCCGUGUCGCCGCCGGGCGGCGACUUCAGCGACCCCGUGACCGCGGCGACGCUGUCCAUCGUCCAGGUCUUCUGGGGUCUGGACAAGAAGCUCGCCCAGCGCAAGCACUUCCCGUCGCUCAACUGGCUCAUCUCCUACACCAAGUACAUGCGCGUUUUGGAGCCCUUCUUCAACGACUUCGACGCGUCCUACGGCGCGACGCGGAACCGCGCGCGCGAGAUCCUCCAGCAGGAGGACUCGCUCUCCGAGAUCGUCCAGCUCGUCGGCAAGGAGUCGCUCUCGGAGGACCAGAAGGUCGUCAUGGAGGUCGCGAAGAUCAUCCGCGAGGACUUUCUCCAGCAGAACGCCUUCACGGACUACGACUUCACGUGCCCGCUGACGAAAUCCGUGGGCAUGCUCAAGUGCAUCAUCGCCUUCUACGACCACUGCCAGAAGGCCAUCGCCGACUCGCCGCCCGACGCCAAGGUCACCUGGGCCAUGAUCAAGACCGCCCAGGCGGCCAUCAUCCAGAAGGUCGUCGACACGAAGUUCGUCGACCCCAAGGACCCCGACGACAAGAUCUCCGCCUUCUACGACGCCCUCGUCGCGGAGAUCGACUCCGCGUUCCAGACCAUGCUCGACGUCUAGGGUCGGGCCCUUUGGGCCGCGCUACGGCCGGCCGCGGCCCCGCCUUCCGGUAAACAGUGCACUACG